UUGAGGAUCUUGAAGGAGACAGAAGGCAGGCUGAUGGACUCAGUUGGUAGACUUUCCUGUCUUACCAUGACUGCCCCAAAUUCGACUGCUGGAGACCUGGCCAUGGCCCCCCUUGUCACUUGCAAACUCUGCUUGUGUGAACAGUCUCUGGACAAGAUGACCACACUCCAGGAUUGCCGGUGCAUGUUUUGUACAGCGUGCCUGAAACAGUAUAUGCAGUUGGCCAUUCGAGAAGGAUGCGGCUCCCCCAUCACCUGUCCUGACAUGGUGUGUCUCAACCAGGGAACUCUGCAGGAAGCAGAGAUCGCCUGUUUGAUGCCUGUGGAACAGUUUCAGCUCUAUCAGCGGUUAAAGUUUGAACGAGAAGUUCAUCUGGACCCCUGCCGAACCUGGUGCCCGGUGGCAGACUGCCAGACCGUGUGCCCUGUUUCCUCGAGUGAACCCGGACAGCCAGUGCUGGUGGAAUGUCCUUCAUGCCACCUGAAAUUCUGCUCCUGUUGCAAGGAUGCUUGGCAUUCGGGAGUUUCCUGCAGAGACAACCAGCCUUUUGUCAUGCCCACAGAGCAAGGGGCCCUCUUUGGGACGGAUGCUGACGCUCCCAUUAAGCAGUGUCCUGUGUGCCGGGUUUACAUCGAGCGCAACGAAGGCUGUGCUCAGAUGAUGUGUAAGAACUGCAAACACACAUUCUGCUGGUACUGUCUCCAGAACCUGGAUAAUGACAUUUUCCUCAGACAUUAUGACAAAGGGCCAUGCAGGAACAAGCUCGGCCAUUCCAGAGCAUCAGUGAUGUGGAACCGAGCACAGGUGGUGGGAAUUCUUGUGGGGCUGGGCAUCAUUGCCCUGGUCACCUCCCCCUUGCUUCUCCUGGCUUCUCCGUGUAUCAUCUGUUGUGUCUGCAAAUCCUGUCGAAGCAAGAAGAAAAAUCACGACCCACCUACCACCUAAACUCUCUUCCUUCCUGUCCACACGCCACACAUGUCUGGGUUAUAAUGUGAGAACACACAGUGACAAAGCCCCACUGAGCGAUCUUGCUUCCUUUCUCCUCGCCAAACUUUGGAAGUGCCUGUGUCCACACUUUGAAUUUGCCUGCCCUCCUUUAGCACCACAAAAAACCAUGUGUUCCUGUGGACAGAGCCCCGGGUGCUGUGGAACAGGUCAACAUCUAUGAAACAUGUUGGAAAGCUUCCUGGCUGCUGGAGAGGAACAAAUACAGAUGUGUUUCAUUGUUCAAAGAGUCUGCCUAGAUGGCACAAGUUCCAGCUAAAUGGAUGAAGGCUGGUUGGUGACAUGUUCAGUAGUUGAGAAGUUAGAGUCUUGUGUUGGGUUGGGUCCCAUGUAGGGAGAGAAGUUUGCACAUGUAACUGCGAAGAUCAGAACAUUGAAAGGGAAGUUUGAAAGCUCUAAGGUGGGUGGUUUGUCAGGCUUUGCUAGCUGCCGGAAAUGCUUUUCCCAACCUUUCCAUGGGGACCUGACAGCAAUGGUUCAUCCUUGUAUGUGCAACUUCAAGCAGGAAAAUCUGCUCUGCAGGGAAAGUUGCCCAUCCCACUGAAAGGUGGCAUCGUGUAAAACAAUAUA